GCUAGCUAUGGGUUCUGUCGUUCUUCCUCAUCUCCGCACCGGCUGGCAUGUGGACCAAGCCAUCAUGUCAGAGGAGGAGCGGCUCGUGGUGAUCCGCUUCGGUCGAGACUAUGACCCGGACUGCAUGCGACAAGACGAAGUCCUUUACAAAAUCGCCGACCGCGUCAAGAACUUUGCCGUCGUAUACCUUUGCGAUCUCGACGAAGUGUCCGACUUCAACCAAAUGUACGAACUGUACGACCCAAUGACGAUCAUGUUCUUCUACCGCAACAAACACAUGAUGUGUGAUUUCGGCACGGGUAACAACAAUAAGCUGAACUGGGUGUUGGAGGACAAGCAGGAGCUUAUUGAUAUCAUUGAGGCCAUAUAUCGAGGGGCGAAGAAGGGACGCGGUCUGGUAGUCAGUCCAAAGGACUAUUCCACCAGGUACCGGUACUAGAUGAAGGACGAAAGUACUGAGAGCGAUACGUUUUUGCGGCAUGAAGACAUGCUAGUAUGUCUAUACCACUAUAUGACACUCACACUCAUGAAGAACUGGGUAUCAUAGAGUAGGCCAGGGGAAGAAGAUGUCGUCAACUGAAACUCUACGGCAUCCGCUUCGCUGGAGGAUGAUUUUGAUCACCAUCAGUACGCAGGGCGAAUUAGGCACUCGAGGACCUAAAAAAGGUACUAGACUUACAUCACAACUCAAUACAGGAUCAUUAUGCUGAACAACAA